AUGCAGCAGUCCUGCACAGAGUCAGACGGCGUACAGGAUACUUGCAGACAUUGCGAGGCUCUGCUGCAGAUCCUUAGAUCGUUUUAUCGGUGCAAGCUGCUGGCUAUGAAUUGUAAGAAGACGUCAGCGUCUGAAGGGAGACCGCCUGAGCGAGCGAGUGACCCUCGGUCCGAGGACCCGAAAGCGCCUUUUCCUAACUUAGAAAAAUGUAAGACGAAAAACAGUGGUGUGGAAUCGCCGAGGAAGUUACCAUGUAAGCCUGAGCCACGACCUCCAGACUCGCGGUCUGAAGAGCGGAAAACCCAACCUAUGUGCAGAGUCCGGAUCACUAGCCCUACCUUUCCUUCAGCAAGCGUCCCGUCCUCUAACAUGCCGCCAACCAAUAUUCCGUCUCCUAAAUUGGCUCCAAACAACGUUACGUCCUCUAACUUCCCGCCAACCAGCAGCAAGUCUUCUAACUUGGCUCCAACAAGCAACCCGUCCCCUAGCUUUCCUCCAACCAGCAAUCCGUCCCCUCAUUUCCCUCCAACCAGUAUUCCUUCCCCCGAUUUCCCUUCUAGCAGCAUUCCUUCUCCUAGUCUUCCUCCAACUAGUAUCCCUUACCCUAACUUCCCACCCACCAGCAUCCCGUCCUCCAAUUUCCUUCCAACCAGCAUCCCAUCCCCCAAUUUUCCUCCAACGAGCAACCCGUCGUUUCACUUCCCUCCGACGACCAUCCCUUCCCCGACCUUUCCUGCAAACAACAUCCCUUGCCCUAACUUCCCUCCUACCAGCAUCCAGUCCUCCAAUUUUCUUCCAACUAGCAUCCCGUCCCCUACAUUUCCUUUAACCGGCGUACAGUCCUCAAGAAAACUCUCAAAUAAUGUCCCGCAACUUACCAUCCCGCCACCAAGCAUACCACCACCGGAUCCUUGUUUUGUAAACCCACUUGUAUCUGAGCCCUUACCUGAAAGCAGUUACGACAUGAACAGACCUUAUGCCAUAAACAAUUUAGGUCCUCCAUUGAUCACAAGCCAUGGGCCGGUGCUAUUAAGCCCUGGUGCGUUGGACAGAAAGUACAAUGAGUUUAACUGGAUGCCUGGGGCUUCGUCGAGGAGGCACAUUCGCAGCCCACCAGAAGUUAUGCCCUCGCCACCGACGAGUACGCCGUCACAUCACAUCGUGAUCUACCCAGUUCAGCAAGAGCAUGGACCAAUGCGGCACGAAGUAUUUUUUGGUUGCACACAACCUUACUGUCAUUAUUGCCAUAAAAACUGCAAGCCGACUGCUCCCAGAGAAACAUUUGCAACUUUCCCCGGCGGUAUAUGGACUCCACAGCCGGGAGAGAUAAAGGAGUUGUACGGCGAUGUACCACCGUGGUUCUCACCACCUCUCGAGGUGACUGCUACUGUACCACCAACUCCACCGGCCGCCGCUGAUCCACGCUACGGUCCAGAAGCUCCAGAGACCUCACGCUACAACCCAAUGAUGCCCACGCCAGUCUCGCCGCAAGGGGCAAUUCAGGCGCCGCCCGGCUUUUGGGAAAGACCUUUUAAUCCCCCUCCCCCAGCCCCUGUCGGAAAUAGUCCCAUUCUAGAUAACCCCUUUGAUGAGAUGGAUUUGCAGGCCAGGUUGCAGGAACUAGAACGUUCUUUUGCUAAUAUAAAUCCUUACGAAUAA